UUUUGGAGAGUCCUUUGGCGGGAAGGGCUGCUUGGACUGGGAAGGUGUGAAUGAGCUAAACGGAAAGGUGGAAGGGUUGGUCCCUGACUCCUCAGAAGAAUAGCACUGGCUGACUUUGCCUUCUCUGCCCUACACCGCACCUGCUGGUCUCACAUCGUGUUAGGGGGAGACAUCCCAGACACCUGUUUGGAGAAGCGGCUGCAUCUUAAAUCACCUGUGUGGCGGGGCGGCCCGGCCCACCUGCUGGAAGAGGCGUGAUCAGGUUCUGUCGGGGUGUGUGUUUCCUGGUUCUUAUUCCAAGCACCUGUCUUCAAGAGGAACUUGGCCUCUGUGGACUGUGACUUCCCGCGGAGCCCCACCUUGGAGUAGGAGUGAGGCAGACUUUGUUGGACUUGAGGAAGUUGGUUCCUUGUGGCUACUUGGACUCGGCCUCGCUAGGAAUCCACCUGCCCCACUUCCGGCGCCAUGGCAGCAGGCGUGGCGGCAUGGCUGCCCUUCGCAAGGGCAGCGGCCAUUGGGUGGAUGCCUGUGGCCUCCGGGCCCAUGCCCGCUCCCCCGAGGCAAGAGAGGAAAAGGACUCAAGAUGCCCUCAUCGUGCUGAACGUGAGUGGCACGCGUUUCCAGACGUGGCAGGACACCCUGGAGCGCUACCCAGACACCUUGCUGGGCAGCUCCGAGAGGGACUUCUUCUACCACCCAGAGACUCAGCAGUAUUUCUUUGACCGUGACCCAGACAUCUUCCGUCACAUCCUGAAUUUCUACCGCACGGGGAAGCUCCACUAUCCCCGCCACGAGUGCAUCUCUGCUUACGACGAAGAGCUGGCCUUCUUUGGCCUCAUCCCGGAGAUCAUCGGCGACUGCUGUUACGAGGAGUACAAGGACCGCCGUCGGGAGAACGCCGAGCGCCUGCAGGAUGACGCCGACACCGACAACACCUGCGAGAGCGCGCUGCCCACGAUGACGGCGCGGCAGAGGGUCUGGCGCGCCUUCGAGAACCCGCACACCAGCACCAUGGCCCUGGUGUUCUACUACGUGACGGGCUUCUUCAUCGCCGUCUCUGUCAUCGCCAACGUGGUAGAGACCGUGCCCUGUGGGUCCAGCCCAGGACACAUUAAGGAGCUGCCCUGUGGGGAGCGCUAUGCGGUGGCCUUCUUCUGCCUGGACACGGCCUGCGUCAUGAUCUUCACCGUCGAGUACUUGUUGCGCCUGGCCGCGGCACCCAGUCGUUACCGCUUUGUGCGUAGCGUCAUGAGCAUCAUCGACGUGGUGGCCAUCCUGCCCUACUACAUUGGGCUGGUGAUGACGGACAAUGAGGAUGUCAGUGGAGCCUUCGUCACGCUCCGCGUCUUCCGCGUCUUCAGGAUCUUUAAGUUUUCCCGCCACUCCCAGGGCCUGCGCAUUCUAGGUUACACUCUGAAGAGCUGUGCCUCCGAGCUGGGCUUCUUGCUCUUCUCGCUCACCAUGGCCAUCAUCAUCUUUGCUACAGUGAUGUUUUAUGCAGAGAAGGGGUCUUCGGCCAGUAAGUUCACCAGCAUCCCUGCAGCCUUCUGGUAUACCAUCGUCACCAUGACGACACUUGGGUAUGGUGAUAUGGUACCAAAAACCAUAGCAGGCAAGAUUUUUGGUUCCAUCUGUUCGCUGAGUGGUGUCUUGGUCAUUGCUCUACCUGUUCCAGUUAUUGUAUCCAACUUCAGUCGGAUCUACCACCAAAACCAACGAGCAGACAAACGGAGGGCACAAAAGAAAGCUAGACUGGCCAGAAUCCGGGCAGCCAAAAGUGGAAGUGCGAAUGCCUACAUGCAGAGCAAACGGAAUGGUUUACUCAGCAAUCAGCUGCAGGUACAGCCAAGCACUGAGCAAGCCUUUGUUAGCAAGUCCAGCUCCAGCUUUGAAACCCAGCACCACCACCUGCUUCACUGCCUGGAAAAAACCACGGUCCUUUCAUAUAUAACAGACAAUCCUCUGCUUUCUUUACAUUUUCUUAUCACUGUUAAACAGAAUCAUGAGUUUGUGGAUGAACAAGUCUUUGAAGAAAGCUGCAUGGAAGUCGCAACUGUUAAUCGGCCUUCAAGUCACAGCCCCUCUCUCUCUUCACAACAAGGAGUCACCAGCACUUGCUGUUCACGACGACACAAAAAAACUUUCCGCAUUCCCAAUGCCAACGUAUCAGGAAGCCAGCGAGGCAGUGUGCAAGAACUCAGUACCAUUCAGAUCAGAUGUGUGGAGAGAACACCGCUAUCUAACAGCCGAUCCAGUUUAAACGCCAAAAUGGAAGAGUGUGUUAAACUAAACUGUGAACAACCAUAUGUGACCACAGCAAUAAUAAGCAUCCCAACACCUCCAGUGACCACACCAGAGGGAGAUGACAGGCCAGAAUCUCCUGAGUACUCAGGAGGAAAUAUUGUCAGAGUGUCUGCUUUGUAAGACAGUUGGAAGAAGUCCAAGAGAAUUUGAGCCCUGGCUGUGGAAAGAAUCUCAAAUGUAGAAGAAAGAAGAAAUAAUAAACCAUUUGCAAAUUAAGACAGCGAUGGAAGAAGGUUGGAGUGAAACAAAAACAAAGCUUCCAACCUUGAGGCUGUGAAUAAAACCACCAAAUGGCAUUUCCAGACAGAGUUUGACCUGUUAGAGGAAUAUUCUGUGACCCUUUGACUUUGCGAAUGAGCACAAUGAAAUGCCGCCUAUUGAUGCUUCUUAUGAUCAGAACUCUUUUUUAAUAAAAUAAAUCUUUGGACCUAAUGUUCCAGUUGAAUGCAAAACAAAAAAAUAUGGAGAACAUUUUGAUAAAAAUUUUUCCUGUUAAAACCAUGAA